ACCAUGGUUGACACGGAGAUGCCCUUCUGGCCCACCAAUUUUGGGAUCAGCUCUGUGGAUCUCUCUGUGAUGGAUGAUCAUUCACACUCCUUUGACAUCAAGCCCUUCACCACGGUGGAUUUCUCCAGCAUUUCAACACCCCACUAUGAAGACCUUCCAUUCGCAAGAGCAGACCCCAUGGUGGCCGAUUACAAAUAUGACCUGAAGCUCCAAGACUACCAAAGCGCCAUCAAAGUGGAGCCCGCGUCCCCACCGUACUAUUCGGAGAAGACACAGCUGUAUAAUAAGUCUCACGAGGAGUCAUCCAACUCUCUCAUGGCCAUUGAGUGUCGCGUCUGUGGGGACAAAGCUUCUGGCUUUCACUACGGUGUUCACGCCUGUGAAGGGUGUAAGGGUUUCUUCCGGAGGACAAUCAGAUUGAAGCUAAUUUACGAUAGGUGUGACCUCAACUGUCGGAUCCACAAAAAGAGUCGAAAUAAAUGUCAGUACUGCCGCUUUCAGAAAUGCCUAGCCGUGGGGAUGUCACAUAACGCCAUCAGGUUUGGGCGAAUGCCACAGGCAGAGAAGGAGAAGCUGUUGGCAGAGAUCUCCAGCGAUAUCGACCAACUGAACCCAGAAUCAGCUGAUCUUCGUGCCCUCGCCAAACACUUGUAUGACUCAUACAUAAAGUCCUUCCCGCUGACCAAAGCAAAGGCCAGAGCCAUCUUGACAGGAAAGACAACAGACAAAUCACCUUUUGUCAUCUAUGACAUGAACUCCUUAAUGAUGGGAGAGGACAAAAUCAAAUUCAAGCACAUCACCCCGCUGCAGGAGCAGAGCAAAGAGGUAGCCAUCCGCAUUUUCCAAGGCUGCCAGUUUCGCUCGGUAGAGGCUGUCCAAGAGAUCACCGAGUACGCCAAAAGCAUCCCUGGAUUCGUGAGCCUCGACUUGAACGAUCAAGUGACUCUCCUCAAAUACGGGGUCCAUGAGAUCAUUUACACCAUGCUGGCCUCCCUGAUGAAUAAAGAUGGGGUUCUCAUAUCUGAGGGCCAAGGCUUCAUGACCAGGGAGUUUCUAAAGAGCCUGAGGAAGCCCUUCGGUGACUUUAUGGAGCCCAAGUUUGAGUUUGCUGUGAAAUUCAAUGCACUGGAAUUAGACGACAGCGACUUGGCCAUAUUUAUAGCUGUCAUUAUUCUCAGUGGAGACCGACCAGGUUUGCUGAAUGUGAAACCCAUCGAGGACAUUCAGGACAACCUACUGCAAGCCUUGGAGCUCCAGCUGAAGCUGAACCACCCCGAGUCCUCUCAGCUCUUUGCCAAGUUGCUGCAGAAAAUGACAGACCUCAGACAGAUUGUCACAGAACAUGUGCAGCUAUUACAAGUCAUAAAGAAAACGGAGACGGACAUGUGUCUCCAUCCCCUUCUCCAAGAGAUCUACAAGGACUUGUACUAG